GUUCACUACUGUUAGAAUCGAAGAUAAACCCAAAUACUGCAUAUCAAAAACAGCAGGACACCCUGAUUGUUUGGUCAGAAGCAGAAAACUAUGAUUUAGCACUGAGUUUUCAAGAAAAAGCUGGCUGUGAUGAAAUUUGGGAAAAAAUCUGCCAGGUUCAAGGUAAGGAUCCUUCAGUGGAAGUCACGCAGGACCUUAUUGAGUCGGAAGAGGAACACAUAGAAGAAAUGCCUGAAACUAGUCCUUUGAUCGACCUUCCUACUUGUGAACUCAACAAACUUGAAGAGAUUGCUGACCUAGUUACCUCUGUUCUCUCCUCACCCAUCCGUAGAGAAAAGCUAGCGCUGGCCUUGGAGAAUGAAGGCUAUAUUAAAAAACUGUUACAGCUUUUCCAAGUCUGCGAGAAUUUAGAGAACACCGAAGGCUUACAUCACUUGUAUGAAAUCAUUAGAGGAAUUUUGUUCCUCAACAAAGCAACUCUGUUUGAGGUGAUGUUUUCUGAUGAGUGUAUUAUGGAUGUUGUUGGAUGCCUUGAGUACGAUCCUUCUUUGGCUCAGCCAAAACGGCACAGGGAGUUCUUGACCAAAACAGCAAAAUUUAAGGAGGUUAUUCCUAUAACAGACUCUGAACUCAGGCAAAAAAUCCACCAGACUUACAGGGUACAGUAUAUUCAGGACAUCAUCUUGCCGACACCAUCUGUUUUUGAAGAGAAUUUUCUUUCUACCCUCACUUCCUUUAUUUUCUUCAACAAAGUUGAAAUUGUCAGUAUGUUGCAGGAAGACGAGAAAUUUUUGUCUGAAGUUUUUGCACAAUUAACAGAUGAAGCUACAGAUGAUGACAAACGAUGUGAAUUGGUGAACUUCUUCAAGGAAUUCUGCGCAUUUUCUCAGACAUUGCAACCUCAGAACAGAGAUGCAUUUUUCAAAACUUUGGCAAAGUUGGGAAUUCUUCCAGCUCUCGAAAUUGUAAUGGGAAUGGAUGAUCUGCAAGUUAGAUCUGCUGCUACAGAUAUAUUUUCUUAUCUAGUAGAAUUUAGUCCAUCCAUGGUCCGAGAAUUUGUAAUGCAAGAGGCCCAGCAGAGUGAUGAUGAUAUCCUCCUCAUCAAUGUGGUCAUCGAGCAGAUGAUCUGCGAUACUGAUCCUGAACUUGGGGGAGCUGUUCAGUUAAUGGGGCUUUUGCGUACUCUGAUAGAUCCAGAGAAUAUGUUGGCCACAGCUAAUAAAACAGAAAAAAGUGAAUUUCUCAAUUUCUUCUACAACCAUUGUAUGCACGUUCUUACUGCACCGCUUCUGGCUAAUACAUCAGAAGAUAAAUGUGAAAAAGAUGCAGUAGUUGGGUCCACCAAAAGUAAUACGAUUUGUCCUGAUAAUUAUCAAACGGCACAACUACUUGCCUUAAUUUUGGAGCUGCUUACUUUUUGUGUGGAACACCACACGUAUCACAUCAAGAAUUAUAUCAUGAACAAAGAUUUGCUAAGAAGAGUACUGGUCUUGAUGAAUUCAAAACACACAUUUCUGGCCUUGUGUGCUCUUCGCUUUAUGAGGAGGAUAAUUGGCCUAAAAGAUGAAUUUUAUAACCGUUAUAUUACCAAGGGAAACCUGUUUGAACCAGUUAUCAAUGCUCUGUUGGAUAAUGGAACUAGGUACAAUCUGCUCAACUCCGCUGUGAUCGAGCUGUUUGAAUUCAUCCGAGUGGAAGAUAUUAAGUCCCUUAUUGCACAUAUAGUUGAAAACUUUUAUAAUGCACUUGAAUCUAUUGAAUAUGUUCAGACAUUCAAGGGACUGAAGACAAAAUAUGAGCAAGAAAAAGACCGACAAAACCAGAAACUGAACAGUGUUCCAUCUAUAUUGCGUAGCAAUAGAUUUCGCAGAGAUGCAAGAGCCUUAGAGGAGGAUGAAGAAAUGUGGUUCAAUGAAGAUGAAGAGGAAGAAGGUGAAGCCGUUGUACCUCCAGUUGAGAAGUCAAAACAGGAGGAUGAUUUUCCAGAUAGCUAUGAAAAAUUUAUGGAAACUAAAAAAGCUAAGGAGAGUGAAGACAAAGAGAAUCUUCCAAAAAGGACUUCAGCUGGGGGAUUCAAAUUCACUUUUUCCCACUCAGCCAGCGCAGCCAAUGGUGCAAACGGUGCAAACAGUAAAUCCGUGGCAGCUCAGACGUCACCAGCAAGCUCCAACGGCUCCUCUUCAAAGAACGCAACCCUGACCACAGCGGUGACAGCCACCAAGGGAAGUCUAGUUGGCCUAGUGGAUUAUCCUGAUGAUGAAGAUGAUGAUGAAGAGGAGGAGACAUCUCCAAGGAAAAGACCUCGUCUGGGUUCAUAAAUGAAACCAAAACUUUGGAAUAAAAACUUUUUAUUAUGGGGUUUCAAAUGCUGCAACUGUUCUAAGAGCUAAAAAGGAUCUGAUUCAGAAAGCUUUCUCCCAUGAGUAUAUAAGAUAACACAAGGAGUAGCAAAAGAAACUCAGUAUAUCAGCUAGAAAGGGUUAGUUCUGUAAACAGAAAGCUUCCAAGGAACUUAAUGUCUUUCUAGUAAGUAAGGAGUCUGCCAUUCAGGCUGUCAAAAAAA